AUGGCCUACGACCGUUACUUAGCCGUCUGCCAUCCCCUGAUCUAUGUCACUGCCAUGGGAAGAUGGCGCCAGUUGCAACUUGCCUCAGCCUGCUGGGUGUGUGGCUUUUUUGGUUCUGUCAUAUGUGUGUUCCUCACCUUUAGCCACCCCUUCUGCGGCUUUGGCCUCAUCAACCAUUUUAUCUGUGAACUGCCGAUGGUGCUGAAACUCGCCUGCGAUGACACCCGCAUCACAGAAAUCAUCGUUUUUUUCCUUGCAGCCGUGGUCAUCUUUGGGCCACUUUCAGUUAUCUUGACUUCUUAUGGGCUCAUUCUUUUCUCUGUGUACAAAAUGAGGUCGGCUAGAGGAUUGCGCAAGGCCUUCUCCACGUGCGGCUCCCACCUAGCUGUAGUCACCUUGUACUAUGGCACCACCACCUUUAUCUAUAUCAUACCCCAGUCCGAAAUGUCUCCUGGGAAUGAAAAGAAAAUUGCUGUGUUUUACGUUGUGGUCACCCCGCUCUUGAACCCCAUCAUUUACACUCUGCGGAACAAGGAUGUACACAUGGCAGUGGCCAAGGUGGUGCGGAGACUGGGCUUUGGGAAGAAACAUUAA